CCCCUUUUGAUUUUCGUUUUCAGAAUUAGGAUUGGAGGUCACCAUACCCAAAAAGAUUUUUCAGUGAGAGGCAAGGAACCCAAGGACGAGGUUCAAAUUUAUACCUGGAUGGAUGCUACACUUAGAGAGAUGACUGAUCUCGUGAAAGAAGUAUCUCCAGCUGCCAGAAGACGAGAUGCAAAAUUGUCAUUUGCAGUUGUAUAUCCUGAUAAAAAUGGUCGUAUGCAAGUAAAGAAGACUUCCCAUUUCUCAAUUUAG